AUGGAAACGGAUCUGCACAAGUUGAAGUCCAAGUGGGCUCGGGACUUACCGGACAAGCACAUCUUAGCUACAGCUCAGCGUUCAGCCUUAACGAAGUGUGCGGUAGCCCAGACUCAGGCAACGCAGGAUGAAUUGCAGGAGGUGCUUCUUCAACAGCAGCUGAUGUUUGCUACGCUACAGACAGCCAUCUCGCGCGCCCCGUUGCAUUCAAGCGGCCAAGAUGUCCUCAAGUCGCUGCAUUUUGAUACCCGCCUUCGACACGACACGGUGGAACGCAGUAGAGUGCUUCUUGCACACACUAAACGCUCGCUAGCCACAAUACCGUCAAUCGUGCAUCGGUUUACUCAAGUGGCAAUCGAUAAAGCGCUUGCUUCUAAAGAUGACGAAGGCGCCACCAUUGAAUCGGUACUACCGUUAUCUCGGAUUGAUAUCACGGGUUGCAAGGACUAUACACUCGUGUCCAGCGUUUUUGCGUCUGAGAUUCCACACAGCUCACUAGAAGAUGUAUACGCUGCUGCAUUGGCGUAUCUCGAUGCGAUUCCAGAAGCACUAAAACGUCACGUAGGUGCCGAGUUGACACGCACGAGGCUUAAUACGGACAACGACCCUGCAGGCUAUUGGCGACUUGAACUUAGUGGGGUUGGGCUGCCAGCAACCGUGAACCAUAUUGUGUGCUCAGAACUAACACCAUCACAUGGAGUGAUACACAUGGAUGCAGUCAUGCAUGACACGUUGUAUCCAAUUUCACGAGGGAACGACUUGGAGUUUGGUAUCGCCGGGCUUACAAUUACGCCGCAUGAAGAAGAUGGGACCAACAAGACUGUAGCGACCAUGUUGCGAUGGGUCGUUUUGUACCGCUACAAUCUGCUGCCGAAUGACCCUGCAUUACGAAGAGACUUGGAGUGCACUCGUUCUAUUCUGAAUGGUGAUCUGAUCACAGCCUCAGUGUGUUCGUAUCUCCGGCAACUGCAACACCAGCGUGCUACGUUCCAUCAAAGCAACAAGUAG